CCUGUCAGAGGGCUGUGGGCGGGGGCGCCCGGGCCGUGAGGGCCUUGGAACCGGAGGGUGAGAGCCGUUGAGCGCACGCUCAGAGCAGACCGCUAGCAGGAGGCAGGAUGUGACAGUCUAAGACCCUGGAAGCUGACGGCCAGAGGGAGGGAAGGUUGGUCACAGAGGAGAGGCAAAGCAACGGGAGGUGGAGGAUCCUGGAGGUGACUGCAAGGAGAAUACGCAGCAGCGAGGGGCUGCAGAAGCGGACCCAGCGACUUCUGCGCCGACGCGGGGCGAGCGGGAGAGAGGAAGAGAGGGGAGCGCGGUGGCGCUGCGAGCUGGCCUCGCCGGGGAAGGGGCUGCUAUGUCCCGUGAGCGGCCCCCGGGCACCGACAUUCCGCGCAACCUGAGCUUUAUCGCCGCGCUAACGGAGCGCGCCUACUACCGCAGCCAGAGGCCCAGCCUCGAGGAGGAGCCGGAGGAGGAGCCAGGCGAGGGCGGGACGCGGUUCGGGGCCCGAUCCCGCGCUCACGCACCGAGUCGGGGCCGCCGAGCCCGCUCUGCACCAGCCGGAGGCGGCGGGGCCCGGGCGCCCCGCAGCCGUAGCCCAGACACCCGCAAGAGAGUGCGUUUCGCCGACGCACUGGGGUUGGAGCUGGCUGCCGUGCGCCGCUUCCGUCCCGGUGAGCUGCCCCGGGUGCCCCGUCACGUGCAGAUCCAAUUGCAGAGGGACGCCCUCCGACACUUCGCGCCCUGCCAGCCCCGCGCCCGCGGCCUCCAGGAGGCGCGCGCCGCCCUGGAGCCGGCCAGCGAGCCCGGCUUCGCCGUCCGCUUGCAGGCGCAGCGCAUCUGCCUGGAACGCGCCGAGGCGGGCCCGCUGGGCGUGGCCGGGAGCGCGCGCGUGCUGGACCUGGCCUACGAGAAGCGCGUGAGCGUGCGCUGGAGCGCCGACGGCUGGCGGAGCCAACGCGAGGCGCCAGCCGCCUACGCCGGUCCGGCCCCGCCCCCGCCGCGCGCCGACCGCUUCGCCUUCCGCCUGCCCGCGCCGCCGAUUGGGGGCGCCCUGCUCUUCGCCUUGCGCUACCGUGUGACAGGUCACGAGUUCUGGGACAACAACGGCGGCCGUGACUAUGCUCUGCGUGGGCCCGAGCACCCGGGCAGUGGCGGAGCCCCGGAGCCCCAGGGCUGGAUCCACUUUAUCUGAGACGAGGCGCCUGCGGCCGACGGCGGAAAACACCAAAGAAGGGAUGGAAACCCUAUUUUCUUUUCUCCAAGACCAUGGUUGGUCUACUUCCCUCACUCGGGCUCCUUGACAGUCUUCUAGAAGAGAGAAGGAGGAAAAGAAGCAGUUCCUGAUGUUACAAAUGAACAAGGAUCUCCCAGCCUUAGUCUUUGAGAAAAGAUGGCUGAAAGAGAGGAACUCUCCAAGUCAUUCCGCAAACAAAUGCCCAUUUAAACAUCAUCCUUGUGAAGAAAACAGGAAGAAUGUCAUGCACCAUGUGGAUCACCUUCAGUUCAAAGUUGCAGCAAAGUGAACAAAGAAACUACUGGAAGCCACCCAGCAAUGCACUGUUUAGUCAUCAAUUAGGAGCCCACGGGAGGAUAAUAGGGAGACUGGGUGGAGGCUCAGUGUGUAAUAAUCUCUUGUCUGAUGUAUGUGUGUCACUGCCAUGUCGUAUUAACAAUAGUGAGGGCUCACAUUUACUUAACACUUGUGUGCUCAAAUCUGAUUUUUUUUUCUUUCCAGAACUAUGACUCGAUCAUAAAAUCUGUUUUGUUUGCAUGCAUGCCCAAAACAAUCCUAUGAGUAGAACAUUAUCAUUAUCUCUGUUUUAGAGAUGAGGAAACAGGCUCAGAGAAGCUCAGUAAUUUGUUCAAGAUUGCACAGCUAGUAAAUGGCAGAAGUAGGAUUGUGAACCCAGGGAAUCUCCAGAGCCUCUGUGUAACCAUGACGUUAUAUUUUUUUCCUCUUUAAAAACAAAAUUAAAAACCUUGCUAUAAUCUCUUAUUAGGAAAAGAUCAUAGUUUCUGAUUGUGCUCUGCCUUCCCAUCCUGCCAAUCUCCUGGACUGGCUUGGAGAAGACAGGGGGCCCCCAAGCUUCAUCUUUGACUCAAAGGAAUUUGCUGCUGUCUCCUGUGUCAGUGUCCCAUCUGUGCAGGAUCAGCACGGGACCCCCGCUCACCUGCCUACUUACACUCUAGCCUUUCCAUGCAUUGGAGUUCUCUCCUGACCCUAGCCAGCGCUCCACACCUGUUCGUGUGCCACCUCCCUCCCUCUUCCCCCACUGGCCUUGAACAGACAAACCCCCUAGGGAUGUUGCCACUAGGUUGGGUCCAUGACUAGGACACCUGCUAGAGGGUCUGUGCUUGGGCCUUUUCUAGGAAUCCUGAUGUUACUGGGUAAGUGCCAACUCUGUGGGCAGAAUGCUAAUGAUAAUCCUGUUCCCUAACCUCUUUCUCUCAGAAGUACCCUGGCUCACUCUCCCCAAUCUCAGCUUUAUAGAACAACAUUUUGGUCUUGAUUAUUCCCAUAUCGAGAUGCCCCAGGGCUUGGGUAAGCUGUUAGUUUCCCCACUGCCUCAAGACUGGGUCUGGCUGAGCUACUUUCUUAUGCACACAAAUAAUGGGUGUCUCCUUGGAACCUGACGCAUAACUAUCAGUGCUACCAAGGCUUGUAAAAUAGGGAAGAAACUAAUAUUUCUUGAGUGGCUUCUGAGUGCCUGGUUCUUUCGCGGCUCUCUGGAGAGAUUCCUUGUCCCGAUGCCUUUGGUGUGUACUCCUCUCCCAGGACUUCAGCAGAGAUUUUCCCAGCGCCCUGGCUUUUCCUCACCUUGGGUUGGGCUGAUCUGGCACUACCACAAACCCCGCCAUCUGGAAAUCAACCAAGGUUAGGCAGUAUGCCCUUUCUAUCUUGCACUGCUCUUCCAAAACUUCCAUCUGUAUUUCUCACACCCCCAGUAAGCAAAGCUGAGUGUGCCUGGACAGAGCUGCAUCCGCUGCUUUCUCCCAGCAGGUGCAGUCUAAUCUGACACGGGGAACGCUAGGAGUUUAGCGGAAUCUUCAGCCACCCUAUUAAUGUGUUACGCAUUAGGCAUUGUGGUGGAAACUCCUCUGACGGCUCAUGACUAUAUGAAGAGGAACAAUUUGGAAUAUAACAUGUCAGCCGUGGACUGGGAAGUGCCAUAAGAGAAAACACUACCAGGGUCAUAGGCUUGGGUCCUUGAGGCAACCCAGCAGGAACACUGUUGCCCAUUCCUCUCAUCCAGACUGCAGGUAUCUUCCCACACCUACUGUCCCAUAGCCUCCUUCCUGUUUUUUUGUUUGUUUGUUUUUCUUUGUGAAUGUAGAAAAACAUUUCAUUAUGAGCCCUAGCUCCUCAAUUUUCCAUCUAACACCCACAUUCCCUUGUUUCUAACUGCUAUGUUUUUUCUGGAGCCUGCUGGGAUCUUUGCAGUUUGCAGGUCGUAGAAUCAGACCUGAAAAGGCUUCUCUUCAGAUGUCAUUGGCUCCUGGCUCCUUUACAGAUGAGAACACAGGUCCAGAGGUGAGAAAUGACUCUAGCAGGGUCAUAGAAUUUGUUAGUGCAGCUCAAGAUGGGACUUAAACUCAGGCCUCCUGAUCACAUCCCAUUCCCAGGCUAGGAAACAGGCCUCUGCUGGGUGUGGUGGUUCAUACCUGUAAUCGCAACACUUUGGGAGGCUGAGACAGGAGCGUUGCUUGAGCCCAGGAGUUCGAGACCAGCCUGAGCGACAUAGUGGGACCCUGUCUCUACAAAAAUUUUAAAAAUUAGCUGGGCAUGGUGGCACACGUCUGUAGUCCCAGCUACUCGGGAAGCUGAGACAGGAGGAUCUCUUGAGCUCAGGAGUUGGAGGAUACUGAGCUAUGAUCGCACCACUACACUCCAGCUUGGUGACAGUGAAACCCUCCAAAAAAAAAAGAGGUCUCCACACAAACCCGUGAUUUUUCAUGGCAAGGGAUAACAUCAGAAAUGUUUCAUUUUCUUUUAUUAGUUUCCAUUCCUUUCCCCAUCCAGGCAUAAAGAGAAACAAAAGACAAUGAUAAUAUUCUCUGUGUCCUCAGCUUUGGCACUUUUGUUGAUGUUGCUAAGGAGCAGUGACCUUGCUAAAAAGACUGAAUAAUCCACCCACUGAAUAGCUAACCUGGGGGGGAAAUGAAAAUUUCCUAUGUGAAUCUCCCCAAAUCCAUUGUUGUCACCAGGCCCUCCCAGAGCCUCCUCAGUUCCUUCACAGUGCAACCCUGUGUACUUGGCCCUCAACUCAAUAGUAUUGUGCCUCACUUCGCCUUCCAUGGGCAACUGCCCUCCCUUCUGGACAUAAAACCUCAUAUUUUAAAUAAAGUUGAAAUAUGAAAAGAAA